GGCAGCUGCCACUGGCAGGCGCACAUAGCGGUGGCAGGUCGAGUGGCAGCUGCCCCUGCCACGCAAAGAUUUUACCCUUAUUACUGUGAGUCGGAGUCGACUCCGAAAAACCCGAACACCAGCUCAGCUUUCUUCGCGCCCUCUGAAGCCAGCUGAAAGCACAACACUGCCACCUAAUACGUGGGAGAUUGAUUGUCUUCUUUAUAAAGAGUAGCGAAUCCGGAAGUGUGGCGUCUCCUAGCAACGGAGAUGCAAAAGAAACACUGCAGGUCUCGCGCUGCUAAAUGGUGAUACCAGGAAUGAUUGGAAAUUGAACAAUAACUUUUUAGAUCUUUGAAAAAAAAAAAAUUGAUUUUAAAUAUUGAAAAAUAAGCAUCGUAUAUCUCUGCCACUCCGGACCAGGAUACAAAAGAAACAGAGAUGGAAGGUGGUGGGUGUGAUGAAGGUCUGCCGGAGGAUCAGAUGAACAGGCAGAAAGAGGUUCCUGAUGAAUUUACUGAGCCUCAGGAGUGGGAAUCGAUGGAGCAGUCAGACUAUUAUGACAGAGGCACUGAUCAUGCUGGGACCAGUGGACUCACAGCUGAGCUUAGUGGACAGCACUCCCUCCAGCUGGAGAUCAGUGGCAUUGAGGCAGAAGGGAGAGUCAGUGAGGAAGAUGACGAAGAGGAAGAGCUUGUAGUGUUGGAUCCUGAGCAUCCUUUAAUGAAAAGAUUCCAGUCUGCACUGAAAAACAACUUCAGAAAUCAGCUAGAGAGAUUGAACCUUGAGCUCCGUGAGAAGAUAGUAGUGGAAAAGGCAGAGGCUCAGAAACGUCAUGAACUUGCUGAAGAAGUAUACAUGGUGCAUGAGAUGUUGGCCAGACUCCAGGCGUCUCUGGAGGCAAGUCAUGAGGCUAAUGCCCAGGCUGCUGCUCAGCGUAGACAGGCCCAAGACCAGCUGGAUGGGGUUAAAAAUCAGUACCAAGAUGCUGCCAGUCAGGCUAACAAACAACGUAUGCAAGUUUCUGAAUUACAGUCUAAAGUGGACAACCUGGCCCUGAAGUUGCUCUACAUGCAGGAGGCCAAUACUGACCUGCGCUCAGACAUCAAAGCCAUAAUAAAUGCUUCACACAAAGUCCAGAAAGAAAGAACUCAGGCAGAGGAGAAUAAACACCAGCAGGAUCUUUAUGUUGAGCGUUUGAUCAAGCAUGUGGAAAAGCUCUCAGAGCAGAUAUCUCUAUAUGAAGUUCAGAUCAUCGCUCAGACUGAGCAGACAAAGGCUGCAAAGGAAGCUCUUUCUGAGGCGCAGCUGGAACUGGACUCUGUGGUUGUUGAGCGUAGGCAGUUACUCCAGCAAUGGAACAGCAGCCUGUUAAUGAUGAGGAGGAGGGAUGAGACUUACACUGCUAUGCAGGAGGAACUGAGGCAGACCAAUGAUCAGGUGCGCUCUCUGGAUACAGAGAUUGAGGGCUACAAAAAGUCCAUCACACAGGAAGAAGAGCAGAAUGAGUGUCUCACUCUGCGUCUGAACCGGGCCCAGAAUGACUGCACCACCUCACGUAAACUCAUCACACACUCCCAGAACCAUCAGGAGGUCCUGCAGGCCCAGUAUAGCACAUAUACACGAAUGCUGCAGGAGACAGAAAAGACCUUCAGCACACUGCGAGGGGACUAUGAUGUACGCCAGUCUGAGCUCAAGGGUCUCAGAAAGCAGAUGGAGAAAGAGUCUGCAGUGCGUGUGGAUCUGGAGGACCAGAUCAUGAGCAAGCUGCAAGAGAAGCUUACUCACAAUAAUGCGGCAAAGUACUCGCGUCGACUGACUGAUAAAACUGCAGCACACAGGAGAGAAAAGGAGGCUCAGUUAACUAAGUUAGAGAAUGACAUCAAUGCAGUAACGCUGGAGGGGCAAGAGGUGGCGACACAUCUGGACUCUCUGGCUGCAUUUCAAGCUGAACUUGAGCAAGAAAUGAGCCAGCGUCACUUUCUUCUGUCUUCUCGCGACGCAGAGAUUUCUAAACAAGUCACAGAUAUUGAGCGAAAGCAGGCCACGAUCAGCAUCUACAACAAGAAGAUCAGGGAUAUUGUGUCCAGUACAGGGCAUGAAGACCUAGGUCCUUUGGAGAUCCGUGCAGCCACCCUGUCUAAGAAGCUGGAAGAAGUUGGUGCGGAGAUAAAAGAGCAGCAGCAGUUGUGGCUCUGGCAGCAGGGGGAGCUAGUGAGAUUCACUCAGGAAAAACAGGCCCACAGCUCUUCUGUACAGACCCUGGGAACACAACUCACAAUACUGCAACAGAGCAAGAUCAGAAGAGAGAGUGAGAUGGAGCAGGAUCAGCGCGAGCAGGCGGAUCUGGAAAAACAGAUUAAAGCUCUCAUGGCAGACAUGGUCAAACUGAACUCUCUGCUCACUAAGAACAGUGAUCUGAAUCAAGCCCUGCAGCAGAGCAACAGUCUGAUGGAGACAGAGUUCAGACAGAGACUCAAGGAGGCUGAGAGGGAUUCGGUUGAGACUCAGCUGAAGCUGGAGAGGUUAAACGAAGAGAAAGAGAGACUUAUAAACAGCCUAGUGGAGGCAGAGCGUCAGAUCAUGCUGUGGGAGAAGAGAACCCAACUGAUGCGAGAGACUCGCUCUGCCAUAGAUUCAGACAUUGGACAGGGAGACAUACGAACCAUGAGAGCAGAGAUUCACCGCAUGGAGGUUCGUUAUGCUCAACUGAUGAAGCAGCAGGAGAGGUUGUUGAGAGACAUGGAGUCAGUGGUGGCCAGACGUGAGACAAUAGCUGUUCGGAGUGAGGUUCAGGCACGAUCUGACCAUAAGCAGCCCACACACAACGACUACCACAACACUCUCCAGAGCCUCCGCCGAAAGAUUCUCCAAGCAAAGAAGCAAGCAGAAGACUGUGAUGGUGCUAUAGCUCAGCUGGAGGAGAGGCAGGGCUCUGUGACUUCCAGCCUCCGAGACAAACGUAUACAUCUCAAUGACCUGCAGAAUAUCAGAGCGGUUCUCACCCAGGACCUCAGCGCACUACAAGAAACCAAAGAGAGGAACUUGUAUCGUCUGCCCGUGCUGCAGUGUCGGGCGAAACACCUGCAGGCUGUUAAGGAAGGACAGUACACUCCGGUGGCCAAUGGAGACACGGCAUUGGAGCUGGCUACACAGAAACAGGAAGAGCGAUUGAAAAUGAUCAGUUCCAUUCUCCAGCAUUUGGCUGAAGAGUACCCUCAGCAUCACAGCACUCUCCAAAGGAUUAACCUAACAUUGGCAGAACACCAAAACAGUGGACUUCAGGACUGCCAGUGACCACAGAAAUAUGUAUUGCAUAAAAUAAAAGUCGUGUAUGUACAUACGUACAUGUUUAGCAGUUGUUGGCCUGGUCAGUAUGAGGUCUGGUUUAUUAUGACAAGUGUAGAGAAAAGGCAGAGAAAGUAAUACUGAUUGUCUGUUAUUGCAAGGACGUUUUUAUGAAGAGGUGGGACAAGGACGUGUCUUUAGAUGAAGCAAAAGAAUCUUUGAAACUAACUUUACUGUAUCAGUGUACACACAGUUGCAACCAUAUUAAUUUUAAAAGGCAUUGCGAUAGAGUGUCUUAAAUUUGCUUAAAAAACUUUGAUUUUUCACAAGGUUAUUGGAAGUUUUGUUAUUGUUAAUUUUUCUGUGACAGUAAUGUGUGUAGCUACUUAAAGGGGUCAUCGGUAAUGAAAAAUCUAUAACAUACUUUGGCUAAAAUUUCUCAAUGGUAGUGUAAAAAACACCUUCUUUACCCUGUCAAAAUCAGCUCUGUUUUCAUCAAGCCGUUUUUUAGUCCAUUUUGCUUUAAAGCCAAAUUUAUACUUCUGUGUCGAACCUGCCGUAGCCUACGCAGGGACGCACAGGCCUGCGCCGUAACCUACGGUGUACCUGACGUGCACCUCUCCAAAAAUCUAACAGCACGUCAAUUCUACGCGGACCGCAAACGCUGUGAUUGGUCUGCUAGAACCCCUCCCUGUACUUAAGGUUUGUGUGCGUUUAUGAGCACUGUAAUAUAGUUUAAUGUCACACCUUCUUAUUUAAAAUAAAACAAAGCAAAGAACAAGAGUCUUAUUAUAGUAGCAUUAUACAUCAGUAGUUGUCCGCGACAAACAAUGUUGAUCUGCCGUGGUACACGUCCUUGUGGAGACCAUAGACUGGAAAAAAAGACAUAUUCUGGGAACACAAAGCAUCCAAAAUACCAGCUACAGUGACCUCAAAAAGUAUUUGGUCAUUUGACCCUCUGGUCUGCCUCACUUGUAGAACACCUGAAAAUUAACCUUUUUUUUUCCCAGUAAAAUCGAUGUAAUAUUUUUUUCUUCAGUAAUAUUAUUAAUAGUAUUUUGAGAGAAUUGUUUGUACCAAUUAAUAUUUAUGCAGUAAUCAUGAUCCACUGAAAACUUAAUUAAAAUGAUUUUUAAUUAAUUCAGUAUUUCAAGUUAAAAUAGAGGCUACGCCGUUAAAAUCUGUUUUUAAGGCUCUCUGGUGAAAGUAAAAAAGAAAAACAUGUAUAAUGCCAUGAUGUAACCACUAGAGAAUCUUGUGCAUUCCUUAGUUAUUUUCAGACAUAUAAUUACUACCUUUUAUUAUAAAUUUUGACAGUCUCGAAGACUACUUUUUGUCAAGGUUUAGAUAUUUUUUGUUUGAAAUGGUUAUUUGAAGUGGCAGGUUUUGUAUUAUAAUUACAGUCAAGCCUGAACUUUGUGUUAGAAAAGGAAAACAUAGAAAGCAUUUUGUUACAAACUGAAUUAGAUUGAAAACUGAAUAAAAAUACAAUCACUCAGUCAUAACACUUUAUAUUAUAAACUUUUUUCAAUCUUUGUGUGUGUGUGUAUGUGUCUAUUUUGCUUCAUAUUCUUCCCAUUUAUUUAUUUAUUUU